AUGCCCUACUCUUUGUCGGGUCGCAAUGUUUUGAUCACCGGUGGCUCUCGAGGCCUAGGUGCUAUUUCAGCUGAAAAAUUCGCCGCUGAGGGCAGCAAUGUUGCCAUUAACUAUUUGUCCAGCAAGGAGAGUGCGGAGAAGCUUGCCUCAGAUAUUGCAGCUAAAUAUGGUGUGAAGACGGUGACUAUUCAAGGAGACGCAGGAGUUAAAGAAGACUGUAUCAAUGCCGUCAAGACUACUAUUGAAAAGCUAGGCGGGUUGGAUGUUAUCGUCUCAAAUGCCGGAUGGACCAAAAUGACCAAUUUUAGUGAUCUUGAUGCUAUGGACGACGAUGACUGGGAUAAGUGCUGGUCAGUCAAUGUCAAGAGCAGCUUCUACCUGUUCAAGGAGGCUUUGCCCACGUUCAAUGCGAACCCUGAAGGUGGUGUUUUCCUCAUCACAGCCUCGACCGCGGGCGUCACGGCAAGUGGAAGCAGCUUGCCUUACGCUGUCUCGAAAGCAGCAUCUAUUCAUCUCAUGAAAUGCCUUGCUCAAAGCCAAGGCCCGAAGAUCCGCAUCAAUGCUAUCCUUCCUGGUCUGUUGCUCACUGAAUGGGGUCAACGAUUCCCUCAGGAGAAAAUUGAGGGCUAUAUAAAUGGCACAACCCUCAAUAGAGCACCCGAAGUGGAAGACUGUGCGGAUAUGUUUGUCUCAUUGGCCAAGAAUACUUCUAUGACUGGAAGAACAGUUCAAAUUGGUACGAUGCGCAAAUCCAGCGAGUCGAAUUGA